UGCUUGUGUGGAAGUGCCCCGUGCCUGCUCUGCCGAUGCUGCCCCAGUGGAAACAACUCCACCAUAACUCGGCUGAUUUAUGCAUUCUUUUUACUCCUUGGCGUGAGCGUUGCCUGUGUAAUGUUGAUACCAGGCAUGGAAGAACAGCUGAAGAAGAUUCCUGGAUUUUGUGAUGGAGGGAUGGGAACAACUAUUCCUGGUGUGCAUGGCCACGUGAAUUGCGACGUACUAGUUGGUUACAAAGCCGUGUACCGUGUGUGCUUUGGUAUGGCCAUGUUUUUCCUUCUCUUCUCCUUAUUGAUGAUCAAAGUGAAGAGCAGCAAUGACCCAAGAGCAGCGGUGCACAAUGGAUUCUGGUUCUUUAAAUUUGCAACAGCUCUUGCGAUUAGUGUUGGAGCUUUCUUCAUACCAGAGGGACCAUUUACAACUGUGUGGUUUUAUGUAGGUAUGGCUGGAGCAUUCUGCUUUAUUCUUAUUCAGCUGGUCUUGCUGAUUGACUUUGCCCACUCCUGGAAUGAAUCUUGGGUUGAAAAAAUGGAGGAAGGAAACUCAAGAUGCUGGUAUGCAGCUCUGCUGUCAGCUACAGCUGUCAAUUACCUGCUGUCUCUAGUAGCCAUCGUCUUGUUUUAUGUUUAUUACACUCAUCCAGAAGGUUGCUCUGAAAACAAGGCAUUCAUCAGUGUUAAUAUGCUGCUGUGCAUUGGUGCUUCUGUAAUGUCAAUUCUGCCAAGGAUUCAGGAAUCUCAGCCGAGAUCCGGUUUGCUGCAGUCUUCUGUGAUCACAAUUUACACAAUGUAUUUGACGUGGUCAGCUAUGACCAAUGAACCAGACAGGCGCUGUAACCCAAGUUUGCUGAGCAUCAUUGGUUACAACAGCACCACCAUUCCAGCCCAAGGUCAAGUAGUUCAGUGGUGGGAUGCACAAGGGAUUGUAGGACUGGUUUUGUUUUUGCUGUGUGUUCUCUAUUCAAGCAUCCGGACGUCCAACAACAGCCAAGUUAACAAGCUGAUGCUGACCAGUGAUGAGUCGACACUGAUAGAGGAUGGAAUGCCCAGGAGUGACGGCUCGCUUGAUGAUGGAGAUAAUGUUCACCGAGCCAUAGAUAAUGAGAGGGAUGGAGUUACUUACAGCUACUCCUUCUUUCAUUUCAUGCUUUUCCUGGCAUCCCUGUAUAUCAUGAUGACACUUACCAACUGGUACAGCCCGGAUUCUUCUUAUGAGACCAUGACCAGCAAGUGGCCGUCUGUCUGGGUGAAGAUAUCUUCCAGCUGGAUUGGCAUCGUGCUGUACGUGUGGACUCUGGUUGCUCCGCUGGUUCUUACAAACCGCGACUUUGACUGAGCUGCGCUGCUCUCUGGGAGGCUGCGAUAGCCUGGCCCUGUCUGUGAGACAGACGGCGUUCCAGAUCCUGGCGCAGCUGUAAAUACGCGUGUGUGCUGUCCGUGUAGUGUACCCUGCUUUAUUCUGCAUGAUCACCUUCAAUCACGUCUUUCGUUGUGUCACUCGGUGACCCUUCCUAGCUGAGCUCAGUGGCCGUUGCGCUAAUGAUGGUUUUCAUAGGAUUACUCCUAGCCCGUGUGCUUAGGGAGCAUUAGAUGUAAAAUCAAGACCUUUUGGAAGUAGGUCUUUCCCCC